AUGAAGCUCGUGUCACCAGAACAGCUCAAAGCCCACGAUAAGGCAUCCCUGCGAGGCUCCAUCGAAGGAGCUGUCGGUUCAGGCGCUGUAGCCGUCGGUGUAUCAUAUUGGGCGCACAGGCGGUACCCCGCGUACCGAGCACUUCCUCUUUCGCUAAAAUCCUUGGCGGUCCUGAUUAUUGUCGUACCCUGUCUCGCAAUCCAAGGCGAGCGACGUGGUAUUGAGUACGAUAAAUCUCAAUGGGAGGGUGAAACUGUUCGAGUUCUUGAUGAGAAGGAGCAGCAGAAGGAGGCACGAUGGAAUUCCUUGGAUACGUCGUCGAAGAUCGGCGAUUGGGCAGCCCGCCAUCAGUACAGUUUGAUCCUAGGCGGUUGGGCUUCAAGUCUGGGCGUCGCUGCGGCUAUCAUUUCGCGAGACAAGUACCAGACUGUUCCGCAGAAGGUCGUGCAGGCUCGUAUGUGGGCGCAAGGGCUGACAAUUGGUAUUGUCAUUGCCGCCGGCGCGCUUAUGCAUUCGCGGAGAGCACAGGCUGCUGAACAUCACAACACGGAUCAUUCAUGGCGAGACCUGUUGGAGCAGCAGGAGAGGGAUAAGCAGGAGGCUGAGAAGGCACGACUCCUGGCUGGUAGACCGUCACAACUGCACGCAUAG